GGGAGAGCCCCCGCCCCGGGAGGAAGGGGAGGAGGCCGGGUGUUUCCUGGCGCAUUCCCGGCCCGCCCGAGUGACUCACUCAGCCUGGAAACUCCCAGGGCCCGUCCGGGACCCCCGAGCCGCCGCCGCCGCUGACCCAGGCCAGGAUGGCAGCCCAGGUGACACUGGAGGAUGCACUGUCCAAUGUGGAUCUCCUGGAAGAGCUGCCUUUGCCUGACCAGCAGCCCUGCAUUGAGCCCCCACCAUCCUCACUGCUCUACCAGCCAAAUUUCAACACUAAUUUUGAAGACAGAAAUGCAUUUGUCACUGGGAUUGCAAGAUACAUUGAACAAGCAACUGUCCAUUCUAGCAUGAAUGAAAUGCUGGAGGAGGGCCAAGAGUACGCGGUCAUGCUAUACACCUGGAGGAGCUGCUCUCGGGCCAUCCCACAGGUGAAAUGUAAUGAGCAGCCUAAUAGAGUGGAAAUUUACGAGAAAACCGUAGAGGUCCUUGAGCCUGAAGUCACAAAACUGAUGAAUUUUAUGUACUUCCAGAGAAAUGCCAUUGAGCGUUUCUGUGGGGAGGUGAGGCGCCUAUGCCACGCGGAGAGAAGGAAGGAUUUUGUGUCUGAAGCCUAUUUGAUCACGCUGGGAAAGUUCAUCAACAUGUUUGCUGUGCUGGAUGAGUUAAAGAACAUGAAGUGCAGUGUGAAGAAUGACCACUCGGCAUAUAAGAGGGCUGCUCAGUUUUUACGUAAAAUGGCGGACCCACAGUCCAUCCAGGAAUCACAGAAUCUGUCCAUGUUCCUGGCCAACCACAAUAAGAUCACCCAAUCUUUACAGCAGCAGCUUGAAGUGAUUUCUGGCUACGAAGAGCUCCUCGCUGAUAUUGUGAAUCUGUGUGUGGAUUACUACGAGAAUAGGAUGUACCUGACACCCAGUGAGAAACACAUGCUUCUCAAAGUCAUGGGAUUUGGUCUAUACUUGAUGGAUGGGAGUGUCAGCAACAUCUAUAAACUUGAUGCCAAGAAAAGAAUAAACUUAUCCAAAAUUGAUAAGUACUUCAAGCAGCUCCAGGUUGUUCCACUGUUUGGGGACAUGCAAAUAGAACUGGCAAGAUACGUCAAGACCAGUGCCCACUAUGAGGAGAAUAAAUCUCGAUGGACAUGCACAUCAUCCAGCAGCAGCCCGCAGUAUAAUAUCUGUGAGCAGAUGAUCCAGAUCCGGGAGGACCACAUGCGCUUUAUCUCAGAGUUGGCGCGCUACAGCAAUAGUGAGGUUGUCACAGGGUCGGGCCGCCAGGAGACGCAGAAGACAGAUACCGAGUACCGGAAACUCUUUGACCUGGCACUUCAGGGCCUGCAGCUGCUGUCUCAGUGGAGUGCUCACGUGAUGGAAGUGUAUUCAUGGAAACUUGUGCACCCAACGGACAAGUACUCCAACAAGGACUGCCCAGACAAUGCUGAGGAGUAUGAGCGCGCCACCCGCUACAACUACACUAGUGAGGAGAAGUUCGCCCUGGUGGAGGUGAUUGCCAUGAUCAAAGGCCUGCAGGUGCUAAUGGGCAGGAUGGAGAGUGUGUUCAACCACGCCAUCCGGCACACCGUCUAUGCUGCGCUGCAGGACUUCUCCCAGGUUACCCUCCGGGAACCACUCAGGCAGGCCAUCAAGAAGAAGAAGAAUGUCAUCCAGAGUGUUCUGCAGGCCAUCAGGAAGACCGUGUGUGACUGGGAGACGGGGCACGAGCCCUUCAAUGACCCAGCCCUGCGGGGCGAGAAGGACCCCAAGAGUGGCUUCGACAUCAAAGUACCCCGGCGUGCCGUGGGACCCUCCAGCACGCAGCUUUACAUGGUGAGAACCAUGCUAGAGUCCCUCAUUGCAGACAAAAGUGGUUCCAAGAAAACCUUGAGAAGUAGCCUUGAGGGGCCCACCAUAUUGGACAUAGAAAAAUUUCAUCGAGAGUCAUUCUUCUACACUCACUUGAUUAAUUUCAGUGAAACGCUGCAGCAGUGCUGUGACCUUUCACAGUUGUGGUUCCGAGAGUUCUUCCUGGAGCUGACAAUGGGCAGGAGGAUCCAGUUCCCCAUUGAGAUGUCCAUGCCCUGGAUCCUGACGGACCACAUCCUAGAGACCAAGGAGGCAUCCAUGAUGGAGUACGUCCUCUACUCCCUGGACCUGUACAAUGACAGCGCACACUAUGCCCUCACCAGGUUCAACAAGCAGUUUCUCUAUGACGAAAUUGAAGCAGAGGUGAAUCUAUGCUUUGACCAAUUUGUUUAUAAACUGGCAGACCAGAUAUUUGCAUAUUAUAAGGUUAUGGCAGGAAGUUUGCUUCUUGAUAAACGUUUACGAUCAGAAUGCAAGAAUCAAGGGGCAACGAUCCAUCUCCCGCCAUCUAACCGCUAUGAGACACUGCUUAAGCAGAGGCAUGUGCAGCUCCUGGGCAGAUCCAUAGACCUUAAUCGCCUGAUUACUCAGCGUGUCUCAGCAGCCAUGUAUAAGUCUCUGGAACUGGCCAUUGGACGAUUUGAAAGUGAAGACCUGACAUCAAUAGUUGAGUUGGAUGGCCUCUUGGAAAUCAACCGCAUGACCCACAAGCUGCUAAACAGGUACCUGACACUGGACAGCUUUGACGCCAUGUUCCGGGAGGCCAACCACAAUGUAUCAGCGCCAUACGGGAGAAUCACCCUCCAUGUCUUCUGGGAACUCAAUUACGACUUCCUGCCCAACUACUGCUAUAAUGGCUCUACCAACCGAUUUGUUCGGACAGUAUUACCAUUUUCUCAGGAAUUUCAAAGAGAUAAACAGCCUAAUGCACAACCCCAGUAUUUACAUGGAUCAAAGGCUUUGAACUUGGCCUACUCUAGCAUUUAUGGCAGCUACCGAAACUUUGUGGGGCCUCCGCACUUUGAGGUCAUCUGCCGGCUGCUUGGCUACCAGGGCAUUGCAGUGGUCAUGGAGGAACUGCUGAAGGUCGUGAAGAGCCUGCUGCAAGGCACAAUCCUGCAGUACGUGAAGACGCUGAUGGAGGUGAUGCCCAAGAUCUGCCGCCUGCCCCGUCAUGAAUAUGGCUCUCCUGGCAUCCUAGAGUUCUUCCACCACCAGCUGAAGGACAUUGUUGAGUAUGCGGAGCUGAAGACCGUGUGCUUCCAGAAUCUGCGGGAGGUGGGCAAUGCUGUCCUCUUCUGCCUGCUCAUCGAGCAGAGUCUGUCUUUAGAAGAAGUGUGUGACCUAUUGCAUGCAGCCCCAUUUCAGAACAUCUUGCCAAGAGUCCACGUGAAAGAGGGAGAGAGACUUGAUGCCAAAAUGAAAAGACUAGAAUCAAAGUACGCCCCACUGCAUCUUGUCCCUCUGAUUGAAAGACUGGGGACCCCUCAGCAAAUUGCAAUAGCGAGAGAGGGGGACUUGCUGACAAAGGAACGUCUCUGCUGUGGCCUAUCUAUGUUUGAAGUCAUCCUGACUCGGAUCCGGACCUUUCUGGACGACCCUAUCUGGCGUGGGCCUUUGCCCAGCAAUGGAGUCAUGCAUGUGGAUGAGUGUGUUGAGUUUCACAGACUUUGGAGUGCCAUGCAGUUUGUCUACUGCAUUCCUGUGGGAACACACGAGUUUACAGUCGAGCAGUGCUUUGGCGACGGGCUCCACUGGGCUGGCUGUAUGAUCAUUGUACUUCUUGGGCAACAGCGGCGCUUCGCUGUCCUAGAUUUCUGCUACCAUCUACUUAAAGUCCAGAAACAUGAUGGCAAAGAUGAGAUUAUCAAAAAUGUGCCAUUGAAGAAAAUGGUGGAGAGAAUUCGCAAAUUCCAGAUCCUAAAUGAUGAGAUAAUUACUAUCUUGGACAAGUACUUGAAGUCUGGUGAUGGAGAAAGCACACCUGUGGAGCAUGUUCGCUGUUUUCAGCCACCUAUCCACCAGUCCCUGGCCAGCAGCUGAGGACAUGUACAUCAUGUUUUUGAAGAGUCCCAGUACUGACUGCAUUUAAUAACUAUAAGGGCAUGUUUUUCUUUCCAUAAACUAUUUAGUAAGAUUUUUAGUGACUAUUUUUCAGUAUCUCUGUGCCUGUUAAAGGGGGUACUUUUCAAUUUAAAAGCUUAAUUUUAUAAAAUUAUUUUUCUAGACUAAAAUUGUAUAUGCCUUUGGUAAUUAGAAAGUCUGAGAAUAUUAGCUGCUAAUUGUUGCCAUCAUGUUCUUACAGAAUUAUUUUGCAUUUUUCUAUGGAAUGUUCCAACAACUAGCUAUGUCAAAAUGCUGCUGAGUUCAUCCAUAUAUUCCUUAGCAAAGGAUCAGUAAUGUUUGGGGAAAGAUUUAUGGACUUAAGAAACUUAAUACCAGCUCAUUGUAAUAAAAUCCAUUACCAAUUAGAAUUAAACUUAAUGCUUAUUUAGCUUUUGUUUAGGGAUUUUUCUGAUGGUCUUUUAUGAAUAACCUUUUCUAAGUCAUUGUUCCUUUUUUUGUGUCAGUGUUUCAGAAAAUAGUGAACUUGAUUCCUCUGCUUCUACUAAAUCCAGUUGUGACAGUCUAAUUUGUAAGGUAUGAUUUAAAGGUUACAGAAAUCAAACUAAUAAAACUUAAUUGUGUUCAUUCA